UUCCCCUUUAAGUUUCUUGUAGAUUUUACACAUACAAAAAAACAACUUAAAAAAACUUAAUAAAAAAGUGACAAUGUAAAAGUACAUAACAAUUAACUGGAAUUAGUGUACGCAUCAUAUUGAACAGUGUCCAGUAUGAGUCACCACAUACUCUGUGUCUUCCAGGUGAUCCGGCAAAAGGUCAUGUCCUCUAAAGUGGAUAGUCCUCCUCCGUAUGAGGAGGCAGUACACGGACCCAAGUAUGGAAACUACCCCAACCACCCACUCCACGAUUCCCCUCUGCCACCACCUCCUUCCUACAGCGCCAGUCCUCGCAUGUUCCCCGGCCCACCUGGCUACUGGGGCCAGGAUGGCAUCUCCCCACAGGCCGGUGUGUGGGCAGCCCCUGGUUUCUCUCCAUCUGGGAUGCCCUCCACAGUGCCGACUCUGUCUGCCGGAGUGGUCGCGUCCAACUCAGGAGACAUGGAGGAUCUGUUCAGCAGCCAGUGGGAGAGCACAUCAAUCCGACACGCCUUCAUCAGAAAGGUUUACUUAAUUUUAACAACACAGCUUGCCGUCACCUUCUCAGUCGUUGCCGUCUUUACGUUUGUCGACCCAGUGAGGCUGUUUGUCAUCAAAUAUCCUGGCAUCUACUGGGCAUCUUUUGUGGUUUACUUUAUGGUGUACUGCAUUCUCAUCUGCUGCAAAGAGCCAAGGAGACGUUUCCCAUGGAAUCUUGUUCUGCUGGGAGUAUUUACUCUCGCCUUGUCUUACAUGUCUGGAACAAUUUCAAGCUAUUAUGACACAAAAGCAGUGCUCCUCGCCAUGGGAAUAACAGCGCUAGUUUGUAUAGCUGUCACAAUCUUCUGCUUCCAAACCAAGGUGGAUUUCACCUCCUGUGGCGGCCUCCUCUGUGUUGCUUCCAUUUUGCUUAUGAUCCUAGGGAUCGUUACAGCAGUCGUCCUCACCUUCCACUAUGUCCCUUGGCUGCACAUGCUCUACGCUGCAAUUGGAGCCAUUGUUUACACUCUAUUCUUGGUAUACAACACCCAACUUCUUAUUGGAAACCGGGAGUUGGCCAUCAGCCCCGAGGAGUACAUCUAUGGAGCGCUCUCUCUUUAUGUUGACAUUGUUCACAUCUUUCUCUUCAUCCUUCAAGUCAGCGGAGCCGCGACUGAAUAAUAAGCCUGUGGGUACAGCAGACCUCGUUUGUAAACGCAGUUAUAUUGUAUUUGUCUUCUGAAACAGUGCUACAUGGACACAAGUACAGGAUGCACUAUUACUCAUGAUCAUUUAUAAAUGUAACUACUCAACCACUGAAUUAACUACUGUAAAUUUUAAUCUGUAUAUAU